AUGUCGUCUGGAGCCAACAACGGAGCAGGCCAGGAGCAGGGACCGAAAUGGGGCCGUGUGUUGAUCGCCGGCGGGACCGACUGGCCACGACUUGGGCGCAAAGGUGCCAAAGCGGAUGAUGAUAGCCAUCCGGACUUGCUCGAACCGCAUAUCCUGCGCUCCCUCGGCAACGUCAAGGUCACGGGUAUUCACACCUCCUGCAAUGCCUGCCAUGCAGUGUGCUUGGAUGCCGAUGGUGCAGCCUGGCUUUUCGGCAGAAAUACGUCUGGCUGCCUGGGUCUACCCACGGUAGAGUAUGUCUCCGAGAACGCGCCGCGCAGAGUUCGUGCAGAGGAACUCGGCGCACCACCGGGGACACGCUUCGUGAAUGCAGCAUGCGGAAGGAACCAUACCAUAUUGGUCGGAAGUAAUGGGCGCGCAUGGUCGGCUGGAGCGAACACACUCGGCCAAUGUGGACAACCCGUCGCAACCGAGAUACCCCAGUUCAACCUUGUCAGUGGUCCUACCCUACCUGGCACUGACGAGCUCGAGCAUGUCGUCGCAGCUUCGGCCGGUAUCACCUUCUCGCUUUUCUUAACGGCUGGUGGUCGAGUCUACUCGGUCGGUAGCGGCGAGAAGGGACAGUUGGGCGUCGGGCGAACAGGCGAACAUAUCGCUACGGGCAACCGUACAGCGUUUGACAUCGAGCCAGAACCAUUGCUUGUUAAGGGCUUCGAAGGAAAGACCAUCGUGCAAGUCGCUUCCGGGCAACAGCACAGCAUUGCCCUCGAUGACGCUGGUGUCGUGUAUGUAUGGGGCUACAACGGCUACUGCAGACUGGGACUCGGUCAUCAGAAGGACGUGCUCACACCUCAAGCGGUCCCUCAAUUUACUGGACCGAACGAGCGGACCAUGGGUUCGAAAGUAAUUGCAGGCCCGUCAAACUCUGUCGUGAUCGACAGGCAAGGAAUGUACUUCAUGGCAGGGAAGUUCAAGACCACGGGUGAUGGCUCUGGCGGACAGCCGUUCUCGACUUUCAAGGUCAUUCAAGACAUCAUGGGUUGCAGAAUAUUUACUGCGGCUUGCGGUGGAGUUACGCACUUCGCCCUCUCCCCGGACAGCGACGAUGGCUGCACCCUGACCAUAGGCUGGGGUCAAGGCGCGUCCAACGGCGAGCUUGGUCUCGGCCCCAACGAGGGAAAAUCCCAGACCAAGCCCGCGCAGAAUGUGCCCUUGACCGGGAUCGACGUCUUCGACGUCGCGGCGGGUCAGAACACCGCGUACUUCCUCGUGACACCGAACGACAAGUACUCCGAUCUCCCACGGCACCCUAUCGACAUUCAGACGCCUGAAGAAUGCGUCGUGUGUUCCUUGGAUCGGGGCGAGAGCGAUUCUCCGUUGGCGUGCGAUAAGUGCGAUACCCCAUACCAUCUUGGGUGCCUUCGUCCUCCCCUCAAGGCGAUUCCCGACGGCGAAUGGUUCUGCCCGCAAUGCGUUGCUCGUCCCGGCGCACCUCUCAAGGGCUACGAAGCUCCCGCUCUUCCGAGCGCGAAUAAGUCAGUGCAGAAACGCACGAAGAGCAAUAUCGUGUACAAGGAAGACGAUGGCGGAGAUGGAACGCCGGAGAGAGAAGGGAGCAAGGAAUACAGGACAGACGAGGAAGAGAGUGAUCCGGAGUAUGGAAGGAAGAGGCGCGCGCCAGGGCCGAGGGAUGCCGGCGGUUAUAAGCGCAAGCGGUAG